AUGGCUCAGCCAAAUGCCGAGCCCGUGGAGGACUACGAUUAUGAAUCGCUCCCACCCAACUUCUCGUUGCUGCAGAACAUGACGGCAGGUGCUUUUGCUGGUAUCGCCGAACACUGCGCAAUGUACCCGAUUGAUGCGAUCAAGACUCGCAUGCAGCUCAUCCACCCCGCCUCCUCGAAUGUCGGGACUGGUGUGAUCCAGGCUACAUACCGGAUGGCAAGCACGGAAGGCGUUCUCAGCUUAUGGCGCGGCAUGUCGAGUGUGGUCGUUGGAGCGGGCCCUGCACACGCCGUAUACUUCGCGACGUACGAGGCUGUUAAGCAUGUGAUGGGCGGAAACCGAGCCGGCGUUCACCACCCGCUGGCCGCGGCGACGAGCGGCGCAUGCGCGACGAUUGCGAGUGAUGCGCUGAUGAACCCGUUUGACGUCAUCAAGCAAAGAAUGCAGAUCCAGAACUCCGCGAAAAUGUACCGCUCUAUGCUCGAUUGCGCCAAAUAUGUAUACAACAAGGAAGGGAUUGCGGCCUUCUACGUCUCCUACCCGACAACCCUUUCGAUGACCGUCCCCUUUACCGCUCUGCAGUUCCUCGCGUACGAAUCCAUUUCCACUUCGAUGAACCCGGCGAAGAAGUACGACCCCGUGACACACUGCCUGGCGGGUGCUGUGGCGGGUGGGUUUGCUGCAGCCCUCACGACACCCAUGGAUGUUAUCAAGACGAUGCUCCAAACACGGGGCAGCGCCACAGACGCCGAGCUUAGAACGGUCAAUGGGUUUGUGGCCGGCUGCAGGCUACUAUAUCAGAGGGAGGGCGUGCGUGGUUUCUUCAAGGGUGUGCGGCCGCGGGUGUUGACCACCAUGCCAAGCACAGCAAUUUGCUGGUCUGCCUACGAGGCGUCAAAGGCCUACUUCAUCCACCAGAACACGAAAGCCAUAUAA